AAGAAUGGAGGCGAAAAGCUAACACUACGGUGGCAAUAAAACUAUUAAAAGUAGCAGAUGGCAUGACGAGUUUGAAGCUUUCUAAUGAGAUUAAAUGUAACUUGGAACAUAAUUCUUUAUUUAUAAACAGAGUUUACGGUGUGACAAAAGAACCGUCAACACAAGAAUACGCAGUUGUUAUACAAUUUCAAGAACAUGGCAAUCUAAGAGAUUUAAUGCGAGAAUUUCCUUUUAUCAAUGAGGAGCAUGGCAGUCAAUUGGCUAUUAAAAUAUGUAGUCGAGUACGUCCAACAAUUCCAGAUUAUGUCCCUAAGCAAUAUAAAGAAAUCAUGGAAAGGUGUUGGGAACAUGAUCAAGAAGACCGCCCAACUGCAACAGAACUAUCCGAAUUAUUUUAUGAUUUGUAUAAAAUCUUAAAAGGUGAAUAUCCACCAUAUAAUCGAGAAUUAUCAAAAUCUGAUGUUGAAAAAGAAUUUAGCAUUGAGAAGGAAGAAAAAUGGAAACAACAAUUAGCUAAAGAAUCUUCGUUGCCUCUAAAGAAAACACAACUAUUAUACACCAGUAAACGCAUUGACUUUUUCAAGACACUUUCGCAGCAUUUUUCGCAGAAAUUACGUCCUAAUAAUAAUGGUAAGUAA